UCUUUACUGGAGUGUUCAUUUCACUGCGUGUCUCACCCACUCUGUGUCUGCUGCUCCCUCUUCCUUCUCUUUUUCUCCUUGUUUUCUUCUGCUCUGCCAGUGCUGACAAGCCAGCAAUCUCUACCUAUUUUCAGCAGGCUUCCUUUUUUCUCCACAGAUGCCCAUUUUUACCUCAGUUUCCCAGAUUUUUCUCUCCAUCUCUGUUUCCUCCUCUGCAACUCUUUUAGUGCUCAUAUUGAGGAAUGCAGCAUGAGGGAAGCAGUGGCUUUUUGGCUGUUGAUACUGGCGGCUCUGCUCCCAGAGUCGGCGCAGGGCCCACACCAGCGUUUUCUUCUGAAGGAGCUGCUCAGGGACUACAACCCCAUGGAAAGACCGGUGGCCAACGACUCCCAGCCCCUCAUCGUUCACUUCUCCUUCAUUCUGAUACAGGUCGCAGAUGUGGAUGAGAAGAAUCAGAUCCUCACCACAAACGCCUGGCUGCAGAUGCAAUGGUAUGACCACUAUCUCCAGUGGAAUCAGUCAGAGUAUCCUGGAGUCAAGAACCUUCGUUUUACCCCUGACCAGGUCUGGACUCCUGACAUUUUGCUCUAUAACAGCGCUCACGAUAAAUUUGAUGCCACCUUCAAGACCAAUGUGCUGGUUAACUCCAGUGGCUUCUGUGAGUAUCUGCCUCCAGGCAUAUUCGUUAGCACUUGCAAUGUGGAUGUGAGAUGGUUUCCAUUUGACAUCCAGCGCUGUGAGCUAAAGUUCGGCUCAUGGACUUUUGACGGCUGGCUGCUGGACAUUCAAAUGAAGGAAGCAGAUGUGUCCGGAUACAUGCCGAAUGGAGAGUGGGACCUUAUGGAGGUCCCUGGGGGUCGUAAUGAGGUUUUCUAUGACUGCUGUGCAGAGCCAUACCCAGAUGUUACCUUCGUAGUGACGCUACGAAGGAGAACCCUAUUCUAUGCUCUCAACCUGCUCAUCCCAUGUGUGCUCCUCUCCUCCAUGACCCUGGUGGUGUUUCUGCUCCCGGCCAACUCGGGGGAGAAGAUCAGUCUUGGCAUCACUGUUCUGCUUUCUCUAACUGUCUUCAUGCUGAUGGUUGCAGAGAUUAUGCCCGCCACUUCCGAUUCUGUACCACUGAUUGGUCAGUACUUUGCUAGCACCAUGGUAAUUGUUGGAAUGUCAGUGGUAGCCACAGUCAUCGUCCUCCAGUUCCAUCACCACAGUCUAAACAGUGGACAUAUGCCACGCUGGGUACAUUUGGUCCUGCUACAGUGGGUUCCUUGGUUCCUGCGCAUGAAGCGACCAGGAGAGGGAGCAGAACCCACUAUUUCCAGCAGCCAAGCAGAUUCUCACAGCAAGACCCUGUCUUCUCCGACCACAACCACCACAAGCAUCCCCAUUCCCGCUCCUUCCAUCUUGCCGCAGAGUCUAAGCUCCCUGCCGGCAAGCCUAGCUCAGUUCAGCCACCCUCUGUCCCACCAACUUCCUCACCGCCCAAACUCGCAGGCAAAUAUCCAGCCAAAUGCAAGCUCCUAUCCACCACCUCAGCCCAAUGGUCAUCUACCUUACAUGGGUUUUCAAACCUUCCAGUCAACUGCUGACAUGGAACCCAUUCAGAGGUGCCGAACUACCAGCAAUGGGAGGGCUAACAGAGGACCAGCCGGAGGAGGAGAAGGAGACGAAGGUGUUGCACUGGGAGGAGGUGGGGAAGGAACGAUUGCAGAUAUAUCAAGAAAUCAACACCUUUAUUCUUCAAAGUUUGGAGGCCCCCCACUGGAAACUCCAGUAUCUCCAGAUCCUGAGCGCACAGGAACAGUUACUGGACCCUGUGGCUUAGAGCCUGGGGGUGGGAGAGCAGCUGCGCUACAGAGCCACAGCGGGAUGAUUCAAUCUGUCGCUGUGGAAAACCAGCUACAGGCUCUUCUAAAUGAGGUGCAAUUCUUGGUAGAACGUGUUCGUGAGCAGGACCGUCAGUUGAGUCUAGCGGAGCAGUGGCAGUUUGCAGCUGCUGUCAUUGACCGCCUGUGCCUGGUUGGAUUUAGUGUUUUUAACAUCAUUUGCACCAUUGCUAUCCUGAUGGCUGCCCCUAACUUUGGAAUAGCACUUUCAAAAGAUUUUCUCUGAGUGCCCAAAAAACGAGUCUGAAAGUGGAAAUAGACACUGAUGGAAGCACAAUUUAGAUUUUAAAGCUGGAAAGGACUCAGAAACUUUACAGUUCAUUCUCUCAUGGAACAUAUUCACACCUUCCUGCUGACAUUGGGUUGUUAAGCAUUUGAUGAGGAAAUUACCUUUAAUAAGAAAAACUAUGAACAGAACUUAAUGCGUUGCAUAUCUAAAAAUAAUUAUAUGUGGCUUGAUUUAAUUUGUAAAUAUAGUCUUUAAAAGAUAAUUCUCAGUUUUAAGCUGUGUUUUUUUCCUGUGUGUUUAAAUAUAGACUAUAGACUGUGAAAUUAUGCUGUUGGUUUGCCAGUUUUCUUACAGUGCUUUUCUCUUUCUGGAGAUCUUGAUUCACUUUCUGUGUCAAGGCUUGCAAACAACAGCCUUCACAGCCCUUACUCAUCAUACUAACUAGCUAAACAUGGCAAUCAGCCUUUCAUCACUUAAAGCCAACAAUGCAACAUAUCCUGAUAAACAACAAAGCUUUGACUCAUUAGGAUGGCAAACCUGUAUAACUUCCAUCAAACUGCAGAGACUGAGGGAGCAUUUCUCUGCAUCUGGGAUUGUUUAGGACAUUUCAAAAAACUCUACUGCCUAGAUUAUUCUUAAAAUGUGUCAUGGGAUAGCAAUUAAAUAAACUACUAAAGUCAUCAACAUUUUUCUCAGUAAAGAAAGUAGGUCCGGUGCUUAUAUGCCAUGACCACUCCAUUACAGAGUUAUGCAAGAGCCAGGGACAACUUGCAAAGAGACAAUUAUAUAGGUUCAGCUUUUCUACUAAAACAAAAGCCCUCAAUUUCAUUAAUCUCUACAAAAAAGAAAAGCAUGCUAUGGCCAGCUGAAGUAAUUUUGUACUGCAAACAUGAUUUCUGGUAAGAAGAGCUGACAUCCUUUGAAUUUUGCAACUACUUGAAUGAUUUUUAAAGGUGUGUAUAUGACCACUUAUUCCAAAUAAACUGUCCUUUAAAAUGUAAAGGAUCUGGGAAACUCUUCUAUUUGCUUCAUGCCAAACAAUAGACCAGACCAUUCCAGAAGCUUUAUUUUGUCACUGUGAAACCAACCAAUGAUGUUCUCUAUAAAUUAUUGGUUCAAUGGUGUGAUGCUUUGGGACUGAUGUAAAAUGCCAUCUCUUCUCCAAAUGUAGUUUGUUGAUUUUCUUAAUCUGAUCAGUUUUUCUCAGUGCUGUACUUCACUGUCUUGUCUAAAAAUUGUGCAGCAAAAAUCAAUUGGGAUACAACUUUUUUGUCGUUUUUUUUUUUUAUAGAAGCAAAGACCUUACACUGAGGGAGACCAGGGGGAUAUGCAGUUGACUGAAUUACAUAUUAUGCUCAUGAAAAAAAAUACUUCUGAAAUUAUCUGUGAUUUUCUUUUCUUGGUUGUUGUACAACUCUUUUUGUUAAUCUUUUGAUUCUUCUAUAAUAAAGCCUGCAACGAACACCUGGCCAAUACUA